CGGGGAGGGAGGAGCAGCAGCCUUGGGGAAGAUGAGCUCCAGCAGGUACCCAGUGGAUGUAAAGGCUGUAGGCCUGAUGCAAUGCAGAAAGCAGAAGAAAUACAUGAUGUUUGUGUCUUGGUCAGAUCAGAACAGAAUUGUCAUCUACCGGACAUUUGAAGAGUUUAAGAGUUUCCAUAAAGAGCUGAAGAGAAAAUUCCCCAUCGAGAACGGCUCACUCAGGAGAUCUGAACGGACAAUACCCCGGUUUAAAGACGUAAACUCAAAGCACAGGAAGAGCGGGAAGCUGAACAGGUGCCUGGAAUUACUGAAACUGCUGGAAACUUACUCCCAGGAGCUGCUGAAGACAGAGGCUAAAAUCUCCCAGGGUGAAGACGUCAUUCAGUUUUUCAAGGCACAGACCCAAGACUUAGAUCCCUGCUUUCCUGAGAACAGUGUUGUGAUCAUGCCAUCAGAAAUUGGAGGGGGGAAGAAAAACCAGCCAGGGCGGCAGCUCUCUAUUACACACCCUCAGGCAUCCCAGAGCUACAGAUGCAUCGAAACCUUUGAAACCAAAGACACAAAGAACAAGACUUUCAAAGUCACUAAGAAGGAAAUUGUUGAAGUGUUAAUCAAGGACAUGACUGGAUGGUGGCUAGUGGAAAACACAGACAAGCAGAUAGCCUGGUUCCCAGCCUCAUACCUGGAAGAGAUUGACGUCCACGAGGACAUCCAGAAUUCUUUGAGCUCAAAUGAGGAGGGGAGCCUGUACUUUGUUGUGCAGGACUACGAGUCUCAGAAGGCAGACGAGCUCUCGCUGAACAACGGUGUCGUCGUGGAGGUGGUCAAGAAAUCUGAGAAUGGCUGGUGGCUGAUCCGAUACAACGGCCAUACCGGCUACAUGCCCUCCAUGUACCUUCAGCCCUACAAGAAUCCUCACCACAAGCUCCAGACCAUCAUGACCUGCGGACUCAACGUCUCCACCCCGAACCUCUGCUCCUCUCUGACGGCUCCUCAGCCCCAGGGUGAGGCCACAGGACAGCACAGGGCGCGGGCUUGCUCUUCCCUUGACAAGACUGAAGAGGACGUGAGCUCUACGAGAAGCAGAUCAAGGUCUCUGCCCAGGCCCAGCUCCACCCCGGACCUGGAGUCAGACAGCUCAUCCCUCAGCUCAGGGAGUAGCAGCAAGUGGGACGGCCAGCUGAGCUGGAAGCCUGAAUUGUCAAGAUCUCUGCCCGAAGUCGAGCAGGCCAGGAGCUCUCCCCUGGAGCACGCCUUGGCCAUGCACACCAACAAGUCUCCACACCUCACCCACAAGGACAGGAACGAUUCAGGCUUCGUGGAGUCAUCUGCAACUGAUUUAAGUUACUCCCUCACUGACCCAGACUUGGACACUUGUGUCCCCAAGAUGCCCGUGCGCCCCUCAGCCCAUGAGAUCCUCCAGAAGUGCAGCACCAUCACGAAGCAAGCUGUGCAGAAGUCUUCCACCCGGCCUGCCCUCCAGGCUCUGCUCCCUCCCCCGAGUGUGCACUAGUCCCUGCUGGGGAGGCACGGACCCGGCCCUGGGCCAGCCCCACGACCGAGAGCCAGGCUCCCUCCUCACUGACAUCCCACAGGAGCCGUGGGCAGUGGUGCGGGGACUGUGAGGGCUUGGGAGUUGUCACUUUCCAAGGACACAAUUAGAUCCUGACAGAACUCACAUGCAAACAUUGCUUCCCUGGGUAACCCCGAUUAGUGCUGCAGCUCGCACAGGGAGGUCGGGAAGCCCGGAGGGGCUUUACCGGACUUAAGGAAUUUAGUGGUUUAACUCAUCAGGGGAGUCACGGCAGCUGCGUAUGCGGCAGCUCCUCUGUAAGUUAGCGGUCACUUCGGAUUCAGUUAAUUCUCCCUCAGGCAGGUAUUCAUCCUGCAGUGUAGUAUGAGAAAAUGUCACAGUCGUUACCAUGUGAUUCCCCACGCGGGGGUAGCUGGCAGAGCGCUGCAGCCACCCUGCCGAGCCGCGGAGCGAAACCCAGAGUAAGUGACAGAGUCACCCAUGAAAUCCACAGCUACAGCUAUUGGCAUGGGGUAGUUGA